AUGCCCAUAUUUCAUGAUCCCCAUGAUAGUCCGCCGACAUCGUCAUUCUUGCCUCAGGCAUCGGUCACGGGGUUUCAGAGAGCAGACACUUCGGGAUUCGCUGUAGAGAGAAGUCUGGAAUCCGACAUGCAAUCAGAACCACCGAAAAUCGACAUAUCCCUGGAUAGGGACCCUGAGUCCCCUAGUCAAACGCGCAAGCCAUUUAUGUUCGGACGGAAGGAGUGGAUCGAGAGGAUCAAGAGGACGAAUAGCCCAUCGUGGCUGCAGCGGCAGGGUGGCGAAGUCAUGACUGAAUGCGAUGCCUCCACCCGACCGACAUCGCAAGACCGUCCGGACACACCUCUAGUCUCAUCCACCGAGCCGCAAACCUCACGAAUCUCUACCCCGGAACACCUUCGAGAUCCUGCAGCCGUCGGCCUGGAUAUCGAACGCCCGCGAUCCGCGUUACACUCCGGAGACUUCAGAGAGAAGAGAGCAGGAGCAACAUCUGAGAAUGAUCAUUCGUCUUCAGGCUUCCUAGCAACUUCGCCAGUUGUCCCUUGGAAUCGCUCAUUCCCAACCUCAGCCUUUGCCCCACAACACAAAGACGUCUCGUAUCCGGGAUCGCGCACCGAUGACAAUCGUACAGCUGCACGAGCACGGGCGAUAUCGCAGUCAUCACAGUCACCGUUUAGUUCGUUCGCCUUCCUACCACCCACAAGCCCGCUUGUCCAGCAGGCAAAUAACACAGACUUGGACUUCUCCUCAACCCCAAGCUCGCGGCAGGGAUCUCGAAGUCCUGACAGAGACCAUCGCCGACAUACAUACUCUCCUGCAUCCUUUGAUGAUUACAAGCCCACCCAGAUGGCCCGAUCUGCGACCGGCACUCCAGCUGCUCGGCAUCUACGACAUAGUAGUUCGAUACCAUACCAGGCGCAUCAACCUCGACGAUCGAUGACGUUCAAUCAGUCUGAGCCUCAUUCUCAUUCGCAAACGCCGUUCCUCCAUGCACGGCGCCCCUCCUUCUCGUCGGAGGCAUCUCCAUUGCAGCACGCUCCCAUGGUUGGGUCCUACGAGGAGUCGAUACUACGGGGGCGCAUGUCUACUACACCAUCACGGCCUCUCGACUUCGUCGCUAAAAUUGGAGUACUUGGCAGAGGGCAAUGCAAAUCAAGCCUCAAAUGUCCACCUCAUGUCACGGUACCCUUUCCAGCAGUCUUCUACAGCUAUAAUACAGGCAACGGUAGGAUUUCGGAUAAUGAGCCGAGUCCCUAUGUUGGGCAUAUUGAUCUAGAAAAUUCAUUGCCACCGCCAGAUGAAAGCAGUGAGAGUGGUAGACGUAAGCGACGACAUGUUGUACCUGCCCCUGAUCAAGACGAUCUCGAUUUCAGGAUAAACCUUGGAGAAGAGGAGAAUGGUCAAGGUGCAAGAGGGGACCUUCGUCGGAAAGAGAAGAAAAAGCGACGAUCGACGUCACCCAAGGCGCCUCCCGGGGGCUCUUAUCGUAUUCCGCCACAAGGUCAGCUCCAGAUCGUGUUAAAGAAUCCAAACAAGACAGCAGUCAAGCUUUUCCUAGUUCCGUAUGAUUUGUCGGAUAUGGAACCUGGCCAGAAAACUUUCAUUAGACAACGUAGCUACUCUGCAGGGCCUAUUAUCGAUAUGCCCGCAUCAUCACGAAAGAAUCUGGGCACCGACCGUCCAGAAGCUGCUCUCAGCAAUUCAGAUGACCCAAACGACCGGCCAAUUCUGCGUUACCUAAUCCACCUACACAUAUGUUGUCCUUCAAAAGGUCGCUACUAUCUGUACAAAAGCAUACGAGUCGUUUUUGCGAAUCGAGUACCGGACGGUAAAGAAAAACUCCGAAACGAGAUCCAGCAACCGGAGCCCAGAUAUAGCACGUACAAACCGACGCGAGAAGCACCGUCAUUGCAAAAGGCACAGUCAACCGGAGCCCAGCUUACCACGGACCGGGCUUUCCGUCGGCGCAGCGCUGGAUGGCCACUCUCGCAGUCUCAGCAAGCAUACGGACAGCUGGAUGGCCUGAAGCAACACACACCACUUCCUCCCCCAGCUGUCAAGUUCACCGGUGGCACCACCAAUUCCUCAGCAUCGAGCGGCUUCAGCUCGCCUGUACCAGAAUUGCAACCCAUACCUUUUAGCCUUGGUCGCCUUGCUGCGAUCGAUUCGCGGCCUGUUUCCCGUGACCGCAUGGAUGUUGAUCCGAAGAGCCCAUUCAGAACGCCUAUAACAUCACCGCGAGCUGGCGUAAGUAGUUUGAACAAUCAGAGCGACGGUACCUUUGAGAAACUGAGCAAAGGCGAUGUCGGCUAUGGCGGGAAUGCAUUCUCGCCACUUGGUAGCCCCUCUGGUCCGCCCAACGCAGGUCUCCUGUCGCAGCGACUCCGCGGUUUAGAUGUCCAGCGCAACGAGGAAGAGUAA